AUGAGCAGCAAAUCUUUACCUGUCCGCAGCGUCAAUGGCGACAGCAAGACAAUCCACGAUGAGCGCACCGUCCCACCAAUGGGCAUGACGUCGGACCAAUUCAACGAUGCAGCAACAGAGGCCAUUCAAGAUAUCACAAACUACUACGACAACAUAGCCGAACGUCCUGUCCUCCCUUCAGUCGAACCUGGUUACCUCGCAAAGCUCCUGCCCGCGUCACCACCAACAGAAGCCGAGAGCUGGGAUAAGAUUCGUGCCGAUAUGGAGUCCAAGAUUAUGCCCGGCAUGACACAUUGGCAAAGCCCAGACUUUAUGGCCUUCUUCCCUGCCAGCAGUUCGUAUCCAGGCAUGAUGGGAGAGUUGUGGUCUGCGGCAUUGACUGUGCCUGCUUUCAAUUGGCUGUGCUCGCCUGCCGUUACCGAACUCGAAACAAUCGUCAUGGAUUGGGUUGCCCAGAUGCUCGCUCUGCCUGAAUGUUUCCUCUCCAAGGGAAAGGGAGGCGGUGUCAUCCAAGGCUCUGCUUCCGAAGCUAUCGUCACCUGUAUGGUUGCAGCACGCGAGCGCUACGUCACAAGGACACUGGAGAAAGAAGACAUUAUCCUCACCGAAGAACAAAAGGAAGAUCGCGCUGCAGAGAUUAGGAGUAAACUUGUUGCUUUGGCUACAAAACAUACACACAGUUCUACCCACAAGGGUGCGAAUAUUGCAGGCACGAGGUUCCGAAGCAUCGACACUUCAUUGUCCAAUGCCUUUGCUCUUCAAGGCCACGAACUCCGUGCCACCAUCGAGAAACUAAAGUCGCAAGGUCUGGAACCAUACUUCCUGACCGUUUCUCUGGGAACCACAAACACUUGCGCUGUCGAUGACUUUGCCUCCAUCGCAGAAGUCAAGAAAGACUAUCCAGACAUCUGGAUCCACGUUGAUGCCGCCUACGCCGGAGUAGCUCUAGUGUUACCCGAAUACCAACACUACUGCACCCACCUAUCCACCUUCGAUUCCUUCGAUACAAACAUGCACAAAUGGCUCCUCACAAACUUUGACGCUUCGUGCUUAUUCGUCCAAAACCGUCGUGAUCUAACAGACGCACUCUCAAUCACUCCCGCCUACCUACGCAACAAUUUCUCAGACCAAGGCUUAGUAACCGACUACCGCGACUGGCAAAUCCCACUAGGAAGACGUUUCCGCGCUUUGAAGGUGUGGUUUGUGAUCAGGACCUGGGGAGUCGAAGGACUAAAAGCACACAUCAAACACCACCUCAAGUUAUCUUCUCUCUUCGUCUCUCUGAUAAAAAGCAGAAGCGAUCUGUUUAGUAUCCUUACACCACCUGCUUUUGCUCUCACCGUUAUUUCUGUAAACCCUUCCCUCAAAAAACACGCCCCCAAGCCAUCAACCACAAAGGAGAACCCUCUGCCGAAANACUCCAUUCCCUACCACGACUCUCACAGCUCGGUGAUCCCCCAACAGCCAGACUCGACAAUGUUGGAACAGGCAAAUGCAAACACAAAAGCAGUGUAUGAGAAAGUGGACAGCAGCAAANAAGUGUUCUUGACGAGUUCGUUGGUGGGGGAUGCGUAUGCCAUUCGUGUGGUUAGUGCCAAUCCGUUGGCGAGCGAGGAAGGGAUCAGAAAGGUAUUUGGACUUNUGGUAGAGGCUGCGGAGGAGGUGUUGGAGGUUGAGAAGUAG